AUGAAAAAUAACUAUGUCUCCCCGACGCCGUCGUAUGGAAGCAUCGUCACCGUCCUGAGCAUCGACGGCGGGGGCGUACGCGGCAUCAUCCCGGGCACCAUCCUCGGUUUCCUCGAAGAGAAGCUCCAGGAACUUGAUGGACCCGAGGCCAGGGUGGCCGACUACUUCGAUGUGAUUGCAGGGACCAGCACCGGCGGGCUGGUGACCGCCAUGCUCACCGCCCCUAAUGCCGACGGCCGCCCGCUCUUCGCCGCCAAGGACAUCAACGCCUUCUACCUGGAGCACUGCCCAAAGAUCUUCCCUCGCGUCAGGCGCGGGCCACUCGGCUUGCUCAAGAGCAUCAAGGGGCCCAAGUACAACGGCAAAUAUCUGCACUCCGUCGUGCGAAAGCUGCUCGGGGAGACACGCGUGAGCCAAGCGUUGCAGAACAUCGUCGUCCCUGCCUUCGACAUCAAGCUGCUGCAGCCAAUCAUCUUCUCCAGAUACGAUGCUCAAAGCGACGUCGCCAAAGACGCCCUCCUCUCCGACGUAUGCAUCAGCACGUCCGCCGCGCCCACCUACCUGCCCGGCCACCACUUCGAGACCACGUACAAGCACGGCAAGCCGCGCGCAUUCAAUCUGAUCGACGGCGGCGUCGCGGCAAACAACCCGACGCUGCUGGCCAUGACCCACGUCAGCAAGCAGAUCCUCAUGGGCAACAAUGAUUUCUUCCCCAUCAAACCGGCCGACUAUGGGAAGUUCCUCAUCCUCUCCCUGGGCACCGGGUCGGCCAAGCUCGCGGACAAAUUCGACGCAGCCCAGUGCAGCAAGUGGGGCAUCUUCGGGUGGCUCUACAACAAAGGUGUGUCCCCGCUCAUCGAUAGUUUUUGUCAGGCAAGCGCUCACCUUGUGGACAUCCACGCAUCCGUGCUCUUCCAGGCGCUGCAUUGCGAGAGGCGCUACCUUCGCAUCCAAGAUGACGAUCUCAAGGGGAACACUUGCUCCGUCGACGUGGCCACGCCGGAGAACUUGGACAUGCUUGUCGACGUCGGCAAGGCACUACUGAAGAAACAGGUGUGUAGAGUGGACGUCGAGACCGGAAAAAGCGUGCCGGACAUGAAGAGGGGCACCAACGAGGAAGAGCUGACCCAUUUCGCCCGAAUGUUGUCGCAUGAACGCAAGUCCAGGCUCCAAAAGAAGCAGAGCAGCGCUGCAAAGUAAACCUUGGCUAGGACCUGGGAUUUGAGGCUAGCUAGGAUAUACAUGCAUGUCAAAUGAUAUG